ACAGACGUAUAAUACGUCUAUAUGUGUUAUACAUCUACGGCUAUUUCACACGUGCUUUAUAUAUUUUAUAUUUUGCAUCACAAAAUUUUAUAAUAAUAAAGCAAAAUAAAAAUGGAAGAACAGAAAAAAACGAGUAGAAGAUCAUAUGACAAAAAUAGUCGAGGAAAUUGAUAAAACUUAUUUACGAAAAAUGCAGAGAGAUAUGCACAAGUGUGCUGCACAAUGUUGCGAAAAUGAAACAUAUAGCAUACAGAAGGUUCAUAACUGUGUAGAAAAUUGUAGUUCUUCUUUAAAUAAGGCGCAGCAAUAUGUUCAAGGAGAGUUUGAACGAGUACAGAAUCGUUUGCAAAGAUGCGUAAUGGAAUGCAAUGACGAUAUAAAAGAUAAAAUGGGUUCAAAUCCGACACAGGUUGAAGUGGAUAGGUAUAGCGCAGAAUUUGAGAAGUGUGCUGUUGUAUGUGUGGACUCUUAUUGUAAAAUAUUACUUUCUUUGGAAAAAACUAUGAAAAAGGUUCUUAGUAAAAAUGAGUUUGCAUAGUUUGUAAUUUGAAAAUAAAUUAUAUAAACCUUGUUACUUUAACAUUUUUAA